GCCUGCCUGCCUGCCUGCGCGAUGCGGCGGGGAAGCGCGGCGCGUCCGGCUCCGCCCGGCCUGCACAGCGCGGCCGCCUCGGUCCUGGCCGGGCUGGAGCGCCGGGAGGGCGGCCUCAAGGCCCUCGUCUACGGCAGCCGCUUCCCGAACGCCCGGCUGCUCUGCGCCCUCGUCUCGGAGGCCCUCCGCUAUUCUCCCGUGCUGGACCGCAUCUUGGACGCUGCUGGACUGUUCCGUGCCGAAAAGAAGCUGCAGCCACACCUGGCCAAGGUGCUGGUAUAUGACCUGCUCUUUGGCAAGGGGCUGCGAGGCGGGGGCCGCGGCAAGGCUCUGGUGCUGAAGCACCGGGCCCGGUUGCGGGCGGAGCUGGCCCGCUUGAAGGUGCAGAAGCAGGUGAGCCGCAACGAAGACCUGCUGCCGCCGCCCGCAGGAGGGGCCAACCAAGCGCCUCGGCUGCCGCGCUACGUCCGAGUGAACGUGCUGAAGACGUGCGUGGACGACGUGGUGGACUACUUCAAGCGUCAGGGCUACUCUUACCAAGGCAAAGCGGCCAGCAUGGAGGGAGUCGUCUCCCUGUCAGGGAAGAAAUUCCUCCUGGACUCGGACCUUCCGGAUCUGUUGAUCUUCCCUCCGCAGACGGAUCUUCACCAGGACCAGCUCUAUACGGCCGGACACAUCAUUCUCCAGGACAAGGCCAGCUGCCUCCCUGCUUUCCUCCUUAGCCCCACACCCGGGUCCCACGUGAUGGAUGCCUGUGCUGCCCCUGGCAACAAAACCAGCCAGCUGGCUGCCAUGCUGAAGAACAAGGGCCAGAUCUUUGCCUUUGACCUGGACGCCAAGCGCCUGGCCACCAUGAGCACCCUGUUGGUCCGGGCAGGGGCCACCUGCUAUCAGCUGGCCCACCAAGACUUCUUGGCCACAGACCCCGUGGACCCCAAGUACAGCAAGGUGCGCUAUAUCCUUCUGGACCCCUCGUGCAGCGGCUCAGGAAUGGUCGGCCGGCUGCCGGCUGAGGAGGAGGCUGCCGCCCCGGAGCGGCUGCAGGCGCUGGCCGGGUUCCAGCGGAAGAUGCUGGCCCACGCGCUGAGCUUCCCUGCCGUCCAGCGGGUGGUUUACUCCACCUGCUCGGUGCACCAGGAGGAAAAUGAGGACGUGGUGCGGGCCGUGCUGGAGCAGCGGGGAAAGGCGUUCAGGCUGGUGGACGCUCUCCCCUCCUGGCCCCAUCGUGGCGUAGCAGUGUUUGCGGAGGCCAAGCGCUGCCUCCGAGCCUCCCCGAAAGAAACGCUGACCAACGGGUUCUUUGUGGCAAUCUUGGAACGGUGGCACACGGGGCUCUGCGAGGCCAGCCCCCCACCGCUGCUCACAGGGGCCAGCCGUGAAGCAGAAGUCGACGCUGCCGCUCCUGCUCCCAAGAAGAAGAGGAGGAAGAGGAAGAAGGAAGGGGCACGCGGGGCAUUGUUGAAGGUGUGAAAAAUGGCCGGGAGGAGACCGCUGGAAGAAGACGACGACACGGGGCCCGCCUCCCUCCCUGCCUGGACGGUGCCAGAAGCGUUCCGAAGAACUGGGGAGGGCAACAGAACCUCUCCUCCCCCCCCCCCCAUGAGACGGGGAUGAGAAUUGGCACAGAGCGAAGACGUCCCCCUUUCCCAGCAACCUGGCACAUCAAGAGCUCAGAAUUGGGACAGGUCGUAAGCCAGGCGGGAUUCUUGGGAAGUGGUGCUGCUCUGGUGUAAAUCAAUAAACCUCUCCUUUGUUUAAA